AUGGCCUGCGGCGGAGCCCACGAGCGUAUCAAUACUUGGAAGGGGGAAUUUGUCCUUCAGAUGACAUCUGAAAAUUCUAGUAAAAAGGACCCCGGUUGGAAGUAUUGCGAAAAGGUUGAGCCACACAAUAAUACCAAGUUGAAAUGUAUAUUUUGUAACGAAGUGAAAAAUGGGGGUGUGUCAAGAAUCAAGCAACACUUUGCUGGAGGAGCUAAAAGGAAUACGGCGGCAUGUCGCCGAUGCCCACCUGAGAUUAGAGAGGAGAUGAGGGAGUUUAUACGUAAAAGGGAUGAAGCAAAGAGUCAAAUUAAGUCUAUACCAGAUAUUGAUGAUGCAAUGAAUGAUGAUGAUUAUGACUUGGACCUGGAUGAUGAUAUUAUUGAAUCCAAUCCCCGUUCUAAGAAAUCUUCUACUCACGGAAGCACAACCUCCGCAUCUAUUCAUUCUAAGCCUAAGAAACCAAGAAACAUAGGGCCUCUCGACAUUUACUACACUCCUGAACCAGAGGUGGUGGUGGAAAAUAGAAAAGCCAAGGGCAAACAGCCAAAAAUUGAUGAGAAUGAACCAUAUAAGAAAAUUUUGAAAGACCGGGCUCAUCAGGCUAUUGCAAGGUGGAUAUAUGAUUGUGGGAUACCUCUAAAUGUUGUGAACAAUGAUAGUUUUGCGCCAAUGAUAGAGGCUAUUGGGCAAUACGGUCCGGGUUUGCCCCCACCAACUUAUCAUCAAAUGCGAGUCCCUCUUCUAAAAAAAGAGGUAGAACAUGUUAACAAGUUGAUGGAGGAGCACAAAAAAGACCAAGAACAAUAUGGGUGUACGCUAAUGAGCGAUGGGUGGACUGAUAGGAAAAAUAGAACAUUGAUGAAUCUUUUGGUGAAUUCUCCGAGGGGGACCAUGUUUCUGAAAUCUAUGGAUGCGUCUGGAAUUGUAAAGGAUGCAGAAAUGAUAUAUGAAUUGCUUGAUGGGUGGGUGGGUGGAGCAUAUUGGAGAAACAAACGUGGUUCAAGUUGUUACGGAUAG